AUGUCCGAACAAGCACCGAAGCCGAACACAAUGGCAGAUGUCCUUUCAAUGUUGCCAGACAAGCGCCCAGUUCAAAUUCAAAUUUUGAAUUUGAAAGCUCAUCUGACAAACACCGUUAAGACUCUCCAAAGUAGUCUUAUGGAAGAGAUGAAGGGACUUAAAGGUGAGUUCCUCAUGAACCAAGCUUCCAAUGAGAAAGUCCUGAAUGAUUUGACGGAAACCUUGCGCAUUUACGCGAGAGAGAACCGAGACCUUGCCAGACUCAUCUACCGUUUCUUCGAAGAGAUAGA